CAAGAACCAAGAAGGCCGCACGGCGAAGUCAUCUGCAAAGAACAUUUAAUUGACACAAGAUCGUAAUACUGAAAGGAAUGGUUGUGGACUGUGUUUAAUAUUGUGUGGAGAUAUGGAAUUGAAUUCGAAUUAUGUGAACCACACUAUGGUAGAAGAGCCAGAUGCGACAGCCAAACCACCGCCACAGCCUCCUCCAGGCCCCAAGUAUGUGCUGCACUCAGAGAAGGAUAGCUACGACUUCGUUGCCCACCGGUGUGUCGCUAAACCUACCAAUACUUUAGAAUCAACAGGACAUCUAAUAAAGGGUUGUCUUGGAGGAGGCAUUCUGGGCAUCCACGAGGCGUACAUGAAGUGUGGCCUGUGGACGUCACUUGUCGUCACCAUCAUCUUCGGAUUUUACAUCACAUAUUGCGUACAUAUAUUAGUAAAUUCAGCACAGCUGCUAUACAAGAGGUUACAUCUACCUCAGAUGUCAUACCCUGAUGUCGCCGAGGCAUCUUUAGAAGUAGGACCCUUCCCCAGCCUGCGGAAGUACAGUAAAUGGUUCAGAUACGCAGUAGACCUGAUUAUCUGCAUCGAUCUGUUUGGAGCUUGCUGCGUAUACCAAAUAAUAAUAGCGAAGACGAUACAGCAGUUGGUGGAAAACGAGGAGGAUUUAGACAACCAGUCGCACUUGAGGCUGUACAUCCUGGCACUACUGGUGCCAGUACUGUUACUGUGCAUGAUCACAACGCUCAAGUAUUUAGCGCCGUUUACUUUGAUUGCUGAUGUUUUUAUUGUGACAUGUGUUAUAGCCACAAUAGUGUACAGUCAGCGCUCAGCUCCUGAGAUCUCCAAGGUACCGGCCUGGAAAGGCGUGAUUGGAUUCUUCGAGUUCUGCGGCAUAGUAGUCUUUAGUAUGGAGGGCAUCGGUGUCUCUUUGCCUAUUGAGAAUAAUAUGAAGAAUCCGAAGCAAUUUCCUAUUAUACUUUGUGCUGGUAUGUCGGUGGUGGUGUCCUUUCUAAUUUUGGUGGGAUUCUUUGGUUAUUGGGGAUUUGGAGAGAACUCUAUAGCACCGGUGACGCUGAAUUUUCCUUCCGAAAUAUUCCCCACAAUACUCAAAUGCUUGAUGGCAAUAAUGAUCUUCGUGACGUUCGCCCUCAACUUUUGGGCUCCUUUCAACCUUGUCUGGUACUACGUCUCCAAGAAACACGAUCCCAAGAAGUUCUGGAUAUGGGAGAGGGUCUACCGAGCCAGCUUUAUCAUUGUCAUCACUUCUAUUGCUAUCGCCUUCCCUAAUAUAGGGAAUUUAAUGGGGCUGCUCGGGGCCUUCUGUUUAUCCAACAUGGGCUUCAUCUUCCCGGCGAUCAUUGAACUCCUCGUGGUCUGGGAGACCCCAGGACUCGGCAGGUACAAGUGGCGCCUCUGGAAAAACAUCCUCGUUCUCAUCGUUGGAGUACUUCUGUUUAUCGCCGGGACUUACUCAAACGCCAAAGGAUUGAUAACUAGCUUAAAAAGAUGAUUAUUUAUAAGUA